GCCGGGGAGUGGGUUACCCCUCGGAGCAUGCGCAGUGGGCCCGCGGCGCGGUCCGUCAGGCACUGCGGUAGGCGCCCUGGAGGCUGGCAGGACCCUGACCCCAAGAUGGCGGCGCCCAGCGAAGUGGCCGCGGCUGCCUCCGGCGAGGGUGAUGGUGGGGGCAGCGGCUUUGGGUCGUGGCUGGACGGACGGCUGGAGGCGCUGGGAGUGGACCGAGCCGUUUACGGCGCCUACAUCCUGGGUGUCCUGCAGGAGGAGGAGGAAGAGGAGAGGCUGGACGCCCUGCAGGGUAUCCUCUCUGCUUUCUUGGAAGAAGAUUCUCUUCUUAACAUCUGCAAGGAGAUUGUGGAACGAUGGUCGGAAAGUCAGAACGUUGUCACCAAAGUGAAAAAAGAAGAUGAGGUACAGGCCAUUGCCACCCUGAUUGAGAAGCAGGCACAGAUUGUGGUGAAGCCCAGGAUGGUGUCGGAAGAGGAGAAGCAGAGAAAGGCUGCCCUCCUGGCCCAGUAUGCUGACGUGACAGAUGAAGAAGACGAAGCAGAUGAGAAGGAUGAUUCAGGUGCCACCACAAUGAACAUUGGUUCUGAUAAAUCUCUGUUCCGAAACACCAACGUGGAAGAUGUCCUCAAUGCCCGAAAACUGGAGCGCGACUCCCUUCGGGAUGAGUCCCAGAGGAAGAAGGAACAGGACCGGCUGCAGAGGGAGCGGGACAAGCUAGCCAAGCAGGAGCGCAAGGAAAAGGAAAAGAAAAGGACACAAAGAGGGGAGCGGAAGCGGUAACCCUGGUCCACUCUGUUCUUUCUCCUCGUGGACUUGAGCAAAGGGAGAACUGAUGGCGCACGUGUGUAUUUAAGAGAAAUGAGUGGUUUCCCAAGGCAUUUCCCUUCUGUUCACACGGUCAAAAGGAAAAUCACAAACACUGCUCAUUACAAAAUGUGCCAUGUCUGUGUGGUGUGGGUAAUCAGAUUAUUGUAGUUGGUGUCUGUACCAAAGAUCUGGAAUGGGGGCAACUUUUAUAUUUUAAUCCUGAGGUCCUGGCUCCUUUUGGCCACUUACGAAGUCUUCCCUCACCUAGGAUCAAUAACAGAAAUAGAAAGCUGACAGUUUUCAUCCUGAAGGAGCAGAAUCAUGACCACUUCUAUCCUGAGCUGAAAUGUGGGAGCGUAAAGUACUUUGAAAGUUAUUAUUCACCCCUAAAUGUAUUGUUUUAUGGGUGAAAUCGAAAACUAAUGAAGAACCCUACCUGGAUCCAGAUAUCAUGUUAACAUGGCAACGUCCUAUGAAAAGAGGAAGAAAUUAUGUGGUAGAUGUUCGAGAUUCGAGGGGGAAAAUUUUUUAAAGUUUCAGCUUAUGGGAGGAGAAGUAUCUUUUUAAGUGUAGAUAGUCACAUAUUUUUCCUCAUCUAGGCUGCAGUUUUGAAGAAGGAUGUGUAUUGGGUGGAAGGAGAUCAUGGUUAGCUAGAUUCAGUUUUGAUAAUCAUGAGCCCUCUUGAGCACCAGUAGAGAUUUUAAUCCUGAUCUGCCCUAAAACAUGAAUAUAAAGGCCUGAUAAUUACAGGUUGAGAGAAACUGCAGGAACUAUGUGUUUAAGGAACAAACGCUGGAAAUCUCUGCACGAGUGUACGUUGUGGGUGCUUAACAAAUUUAUUGAGUGAAUGGAAAAACCAGGGGAGUCAAAAAUGAGCAGGAACUCUGUUUCUACUUUGGUCACAAGCCACAUUCAGUUGUAAAUCAGGCCUUUCUCGGCCUCAGGCAGCGGACUGUCUAGAAGCAGCUGUCUAGAAGCGGACUGUCUAGAGGCAGCUUCCUGACAUGACAGAAAGGUAUUUGAUACCGGAGGUUGGCAAACUAGAGCAGGCAAGCAAAUUUGGCCCAGUCUGUUUUUAUAUAAUGCAAGUCAAUAACGAAUAUUGCAUUUUUGAAGGGUUGCGAAAGAAGGAACAGGUGAUUUUAUGGCCCGUGAAGCCUAAAAUGUUUACCGUCUGACCCUUCAGAGAAAAGUUUGCCAACCUGUUUUAUACUAUUAACUAUGAGGUUAACAAAAAUUUUUACCUUUGUGCAGAAGGUAAAAAGCAUGGUUAAGGAAAAGAUACGUCCCCUCUAUACACUCCUAUAACCGUGGCAUUGCAUUUUAAAAUAAAGUCACCACCUUUUAAAAAAAUAAACUAUUUAAAUCACUGA